UGUGCUGCUCCAGACACAGGUGCUCCAGGCAACUCUUCCCACAGACAGUCUUCUGUCAGGUCUUGUCACCUUCUUUGUGUGGGAAAAAUGAAACUGGAAGUUUUUUCCGCACAUCACUUUGCUCAGAAGUCACUGCAGGAAUUGUGCAUGGAAACACACGCGGGGAUUCCGUCUCCUCUGUCCGGAGACGAACUGGGGUCAGACGGGGACUGCGUGGCCAACAGUCCACCACCUGCUGUGACACAGAGCAGCGACCUGAGCAAGGGGAAGCCCUACACCCGCAGACCAAAGCCUCCUUACUCUUACAUCGCCCUCAUCGCCAUGGCUAUCCGGGAGUCUAACAAAGGCCGUCUCACCCUCGCGGAGAUCAACGACUACCUGAUGAAGACGUUUCCCUUUUUCCGCGGCACCUACACCGGAUGGAGAAACUCUGUGCGCCACAACCUGUCACUCAAUGACUGCUUCCUCAAAGUGUUGCGGGACCCGUCCAGACCUUGGGGCAAGGACAACUACUGGAUGCUCAACCCUCACAGUGAGUACACUUUUGCUGACGGGGUGUUCCGCCGCAGGAGGAAGCGCAUCGCCAAGAGGUCCACAAAGGAAGAGAGUCGGGACAUUGCCGGAGAAGACACGCAUUCUCCCGCCCAGGAGGAGAGCGUGGCACCCAAGUUCUCCAGCUCCUUCGCCAUGGACAGCAUCCUCAGUAAACCCUUCAAGCGGAGGGAGGACGACUGCACGGAUGCACAAACACGUGGGCUGUUUUGGCCCACGGGGGCCCACGUGCUGCAGCUGCCCUAUGCUAACUACCCGGUACAUCUCAACUACCUGUCCGAGACCGGCAGGGAUGACGUCACAUACCUCCAUUACACGGCCAGAACUGAGGCUGCGUUCCACGCGCUCAAGAUGCCCCGGAAGGCGAAGGGCUUCCAUAUAGACUCCCUGCUGUCAUAAAACACACGGCGGGGUUUACACAAAAUGUGCACUUUUGUGCUCGUGCUUCAGUUACUCUGAAGUCAACACGACUGCAGCAUUAAUCACUAAUAAUGAAAAAAGUUGUUAUUGUAGGGGUGAUCAACGCUAUCCCAGGACAUUUAUUGACUUGAAAGUGUGUUUUUGAGUGUGCGGGCGUGGGUGUGUGUCAGAAGUGUUUGUUUUCUUAUGUUCAUCUGUUGUUUCUACUGCCCCUUUGUUGGUAUAACCAAUGGCCAUGCUGAAACAUAAAACAAUUCAUGUAUUUAUAUGUACAUUACUUGUAUGACAUGUUGUAUGACAUAUUGUACACACAUGUAUGGAACGACAGAGCUAUAUGCAGGAUCACGUAUGCUGCACUAGAAACGCCUGAUAUCCUCCAAUGUUUGACUCACGCAUGCCUGGUAACUUGAAUAAAACAAGUUAAACAAU